CCACGAUUCACGAUGGACGCUGCUGCGGCGCCACCAACAAAGAAGGCAAAGGAGGCCACCACCACCAACGCAACUCUCGACGACAAUGGCGGUGCGGACAGCAGCCUUGACAGCAGCCUUGUUGACUGCAGCCAGAGGCGACGAAGCGUGGCGGAGGUGGAGGCAGAGACGGGCCCUGGGAUUGAGCAUUGCAUGAAGCAGCGGUCGGACGCGUGGUUUGACCUGAGGAGCACGUGUGUGCUGACGGCGAGCCAGUUUGGCGAUGCCGUGGGUGCGGGCAGAGGGAGGUGCAUUCAUUUCUUGCAGUACCUGCGGGACAAGCGCAAGAAUAUGCUGAAGCGGACAUCCUCGUCCUCGUCUUCUUCGUCAUCCUCUUCUUCCACGUCCUCGUCUGCGGUGUCAUCGACACGCCAGAGUCCCGUGAAGAGCGUCGUCUCGAAGGAGAUGCAGCACGGCAUAGAUUAUGAGCCCGUGAUUGCAGACAUGUAUUUCUUGCUGAGCGGCAAUGAGCCGCGCGAGUGUGGCAUCUUCACUCCCGCCGUUGACGAUGUCAUGCACGGCCUCAUCGCAGCCAGCCCAGAUGCCAAGGUUGUGCGCGACGGACAUGUCAUUGGCUUGGCAGAAUUCAAAGCACCUUUCUACCGCAUGCACCGCCCAGACGACCCAGCCCACUGCCACGGCAUUCCCCGCUCCCACAUCUGCCAAAUGAUGGGCCAAAUGGGCGUUGCUGGGGUGCGGACGUGGUGCGAUUAUGUGGUUGUGUGUGCACGUGAGCGCAAGAUCAGCAUCAAGCGUGUCCACUACUCGCACCGCUUCUGGCUCGCCCUCAAGUCUGCCCUGCUGCGCUUCAUCCUCGCUUACAAGUUUGGUGUUGACGAGGAUGGGGUGUCGAAGAUCAAGCUCGCGGACUGGCGCCUGCCCGAGGAAGUACUUCACAUUGAGGAGCGGUGCACAUAUGACGCGGCGCGCGGAACAUUUGCUGGCGACCGCGGCCUCCCGCUCACGUGGGCCGUGCUCGCUGCAGAGCUCCCGCCGUUGACCCAUGGUAAUGGUGAUGGUGACGAUGGUGGUGGUGGUGGCGGUGUUGGUGGUGCUCGUCAUGGGUGACUGGCUGGCAGUCACAUGUGUGCUUCCGUCAUUGUCAUUGUUGUUGUUACGUUACAUUACAUUGCUGUUACGUGAUCAUCAUGCCACUUUGCUUGUUUCUAUCUUUGCUUGCUCGCCUGCCUGUGUUACAUUCUCGCUUGCCGCCCCUUUCCUGUUGAGCUUGGGCUCUUGGCGCUUCGUUGCAUCUGUUAAGUUAAACUUCUCCGCUGUC